UUGAAAUUUUCUAUUUUCUUGGAAAUUUUAUAAAUGAGAAUAAUUUAAUAAAAACAAAAAUUUGCUGCUGAAAAAAAUAAGAAAUUUAUGUGGAAAAACUAACUAAGUUUUCCCUUUGCGACAUUACUAGAAAAUAAAAGAUAUCGAAAAGAAAUAAAAUUAAAGAAAAUAAACCCUUAAGUGGCAACAUAAUGUAUCAUGUAGUAUUAAGGCUACAUAAAGUACUUUCUGGAGCAACUAAUCCAAUAAAAGUUGAAAUGUACUUUAGAAAGUAUAACAACAAUAAUAAACAACAAUAUAUAUAGGAAGUAAGUUCAGAAAUAAGUGCAUCCAUUUAUUCAUCCUACACAUAGUAUUUGUUGGAGUAGAAGUGUUUAAAUUUAUAUAAAUAACCUAUAGAAAACAUACAGUGUUUGUGUGAGUGUAAGUGAAUGAUGAUGACUAACAAACACUUGUAAAUUGAAUGCAAAUUCAAAGAAAAAAGAAACCGGAAAUAAAAGAGCCAACAAACACGUAAAGAAAACUCAAUUGCACUUCUGUAUAAGAAAACCACAUAAACAAAUAAACGACUUUCUAUUUUUUACUGUAUAUGUAUAUGUAUGUAUGUAACUUAGCUAUUUGUAAUAUAAAUGUGUACAGAAAACCUGGUGGGCAAAAGGGAGCAAGUGUACAAGCAAAAAACAGAUCUACAAACACAUUUAAACGAUAAGAAAAUGUGGCAACAGCAGCAGCAGCAGCAGCAUCAAUAUCACUAUCAAUACUAUUAUAAAAGACAUCGUCAACAAAAGCAACAUCAGCAUAACUAUUUCUAUCAACAGCAGCAUCAACAACACUAUUGUUUGCCUAAAAUUCCUAAAAUGCAACAACAAUUACAAAUGCCUGCCUACCAAGUGUUACGUUUUCUUUUACUGCUUGUCUGUUAUUGUUGUCACUCUCAGGCCUCCAUGGAGUACAGUGCCAAAUUAAGUAAUUGUUACGAUAAUCAAUAUGGUUUCAAUGGUCAUCAUAUCUACAAUGGUUCGGCACCCACUAUGGCUAUUGCUGGCAUUACAAAUAACACUAGCAGCAAUGAAACCACAAUAUCAGCAACAAACAAUAGUGGUGAUCAGCUACUACAAGCUACAACGAAGAGCGAAACAGAUUCUGCAGUAGCUUUUCAACAGUCGUCAUCUGUUAGAGGUUGGAAGUGUUGCUGUUGGAAUGCAACAAGUUUGGAUGAAAUUGAAUGUCGUUGCGAAGGUGAAGCUUUAACUAGAGUGCCACAAACUCUUACUAUACCAUUGCAACGUCUAACAAUUGCUUCGGCAGGUUUGCCACGUCUACGCAAUACUGGCUUAAAAGUCUAUAAUGCUUCGCUGCUGGAUAUAGUAUUGACUGACCUUAAAUAUCUGGAGACCAUACAAGAUGGUGCUUUUGCCAGUUUAAAAUUGUUGCGUACCAUUUAUAUCUCGCAUGCACCAAAAUUGACUUACUUAUCUAAAGAUGUAUUUGAGGGCAUCUCAGAAACCAUUAAAAUCAUAGAUCUCUCUAGUACCUCGUUGGUACGUUUACCCUCGGCGGGUUUACAAGAUAUUGAAGUAUUACGUAUUGAAAAUACGCAUACAUUGAAAACUAUACCGUCCAUUUAUAAUUUUAAGAAUUUACAAAAAGCCUAUUUAACACAUUCCUUUCAUUGUUGUGCUUUUAAAUUUCCCUCACGACAUGAUCCCCGUCGUCAUGCGGAACGUUUAAAAGAAAUCGAGAAAUGGCAACAGCAGUGUAAUAAUAACAACAAAAAUGACAACAACAGCAACAACAAUAAUAACAUUAAAGAAAGUUCAAAUAAUAAAUCGAAAAAAUCAAAUAUGAGGCUUAAAAAUCCAAAAUUAAAUAAACAAGAUGUUGAAGGAGAUGACAAUGCCAGAAGUGGCGAGGAAGAACUAGCAGUAGAUGAUGGUGUUUGGUCAACACAAACAACCACGGAUGGUGACAGAAGUAAUGAGAAAAAAUUAGAUAGUGGUGUUGCUUAUGGCAACAACGGUUAUGGUUCUUUUGUAGCCAGUGGCUUUGGUAUGUUCUAUGAGCCAUCGCUGACAGAACAACAAAGCUCUGCAACGAGUAAUUCUAAGACGGGAACAGUUGUAACGGGAAAUGGCGAAAAUUUGAAUUUAUUGUCAAAUGCCAAUAGCAUUUUAUAUAGUCGUUUAAUGCGUUCUGACUUUUCCAUUAGCCAAGAGGAAUUAUUAAACGAAAGUAAUGUUUGGUCACAUGCAGCACCCACCGGUGAUGUCGAAUAUUUUGUGGAAGAAGAUUAUUUAUCAGAUUCUAUGAAAGAAAUAUUUGGUAAAUUUCAUGAACCCAUCGAUCCGGAUGAAAGUCAAUUAGAAGAAUAUUGUGGCAAUUUUACAUUCAGAAAACAUGAUGUCGAAUGUUAUCCCAUUCCGAAUGCAUUAAAUCCCUGUGAAGAUGUUAUGGGUUAUCAAUGGUUACGUACAUCUGUCUGGAUUGUUGUUGGUCUAGCUGUCAUUGGAAAUGUUGCAGUACUCGUUGUUAUUCUAUCGAUAAAAGCUGAAACACCAUCAGUGCCACGUUUCUUGAUGUGCCAUUUGGCAUUUGCUGACUUGUGUUUGGGCUUAUAUCUGCUAUUAAUAGCUUCAAUUGAUGCUCACUCGAUGGGUGAAUAUUUCAAUUAUGCUUAUGAUUGGCAAUAUGGUGCUGGUUGUAAAGUGGCUGGGUUUCUUACAGUCUUUGCUAGUCAUUUAUCAGUCUUUACACUGACAGUCAUAACAAUAGAACGUUGGUUGGCCAUAACACAUGCCAUGUACUUGAAUCAUCGUAUUAAAAUCAGACCAGCAGCGUUCAUCAUGAUUGGCGGUUGGAUUUACUCGGUUGUUAUGUCAUUAUUGCCGUUAUUUGGUAUAAGUAAUUAUUCAUCGACAAGUAUUUGUUUGCCCAUGGAAAAUAGAGACCCAUUUGAUACUGUUUAUUUGGUGGCUAUAAUGGCUUUAAAUGGUACAGCAUUUUUUAUUAUAGCCAUUUGUUAUGGGCAAAUCUAUUUAUCUUUGGGCGAGGAAACACGACAUGCUCAUAGUAACUCCAGGGGUGAAAUGAGUGUAGCCAAGAAAAUGGCAUUAUUGGUCUUUACAAAUUUUGCCUGUUGGGCGCCAAUUGCCUUCUUUGGCUUAACUGCUUUGGCAGGUUAUCCUUUAAUAAAUGUUACCAAAUCGAAAAUAUUAUUAGUAUUCUUCUAUCCUUUGAAUUCGUGUGCAGAUCCUUAUUUAUAUGCCAUAUUGACUUCACAAUAUCGUCAAGAUUUAUAUACACUAUUGUCCAAAUUUGGCAUUUGCAAACAAAAAGCUUUAAAAUAUAAAAACAGCAUCUCGUUUCCGGGUACCACAAAUUUUACCUGUUCUGUACAACGUGGUUCUCUAAUACCAAAAACUCAACAAAGUAUUACCCCACCAGAGUCUCAAACAAUGUUAAAAAAUAAAGAAGAUUUUGUAUGAAAAUGGACAAGAAUUAGGCAGGAAAAUAAUUUUGAAAAAAAUUUAGAAAUUGAGAUUGAAAUGAAUUAAAUACAUUUAAUAUAAAGACAAUGAUGAUAAGAACAGUAACGAAGUAAUGUGAUGAAGUCCAAAGUAGCUGAAAGAAAAAAAUAUAAUUUUUUAAUAUAGAAAUUAUGAAUGUUUUAUACAUAAGUACUUAUGAUGUAAUAAAUUAAGAAAAUAUAAUAUAAGUGUAUAAAUGUAUGUAUGUGUAUGUAUGUAUGUAAGAUAUAUUUAUAAAAAUUUUAGAUAAAAUUAUGAAAAAAAUCUUUGAUAUCGGACAAUUUCUUCUAAGCAAAUGAUUGAUUUUUUAUUGAC